AGGUUAUUACGCCGAACAGGCGGCAGCUUGCCCUCCUGGACUUUUCAGCCCCGAUCUCCGAUGAACUGUGCAGGGAGCCAGCCUCCGCUCAACCCAGCAGAUCUCUUAUUGUGAAAGUGUCGGCUCGAGAGAGGCGGAGAGGUGGAUCUAUCUGAGUGACCGGUGCCGGCUGAGACAACAAAAGUGGGAGCGAUCAGAUCACAACAAAAGACAGAAGAUGACCGAGGGCCGUCUGUGUCAGGUUCACCUCCUGGACGGCAGGAAGCUGGAGCUGCUGGUUCAGCCCAAGCUGCUGUCCCGUGAGCUGCUAGAUUUGGUGGCCUCGCAUUUCAACCUGAAGGAGAAAGAAUACUUUGGACUGUGCUUCAUAGAUGACACUGGCCAGAAUAACUGGCUCCAGCUGGAUCGCAAAGUCCUUGAUCAUGACUUCUCCAAGACUUCAGGGCCUUUGGAACUUAAGUUCCUUGUGAGGUUUUAUAUCGAGAGGAUCACCUUCCUGAAAGAGAACACAACAGUGGAGCUGUUCUUUCUGAACGCUAAAUCUUUAGUGUUUAAUGAGACCAUCGAAGUGGAGAGUGGAAAUGUUUUCAAGUUAGCCGCAUUCGCAUUGCAGGAGGCCAAAGGAGAUUACACGAGUGUUGAGACUGCCAGAUCAGACCUGAAGCAGCUGCCAGUCUUGCCCACCAGAGCAUUAAGGGAGCACCCAUCUCUCCAUUUCUGUGAGGACAAAGUGAUUGAACAUUACAAGAAACUGAAAGGGCUGACUAGAGGACAGGCCAUCGUGCAGUAUCUGGCCCUGGUGGAGUCCCUGCCGACAUAUGGAGUCCAUUACUACCCAGUGAAGGACAAGCAAGAAAUACCGUGGUGGCUGGGAGUCAGCUACAAAGGCAUCGGCCAGUACGAUCUGCAGGAUAAACUGAAACCAAGAAAGAAUGAUUCUGGGAACGUUUCCUCUUCAAGGACUACUUGCAGACUUGUGAUCGUAGAGAUUCAGUUGUUUCAGUGGAAGCAGUUGGAGAAUUUAUAUUUCCGAGAGAAGAAAUUUGCAGUGGAAGUGAACGACCCACACAGAAGAACAGUGACCAAGCGAACUUUCGGACAAACUGGGCUGGUUAUUCACACAUGGUAUGCCAGCCACUCUCUGAUUAAAACCAUCUGGGUGAUGGCCAUCAGUCAACACCAGUUCUACCUGGACAGGAAGCAAAGCAAAUCAAAGAUGACAACGACCAGGAGUACAGGAGACAUCGCCAUGGACCUGACAGAGAUCUGUGCCCCCCGGAUCACCAAACUGUCCAGCAUCGAGAGCAAAGACCAGCUUAUCAUGGCCAGCAACGGAAGCCUCAUCUCAGCCAGUUCUUUGGACUCUGAAGUCACAGAGGAGCAGAAGAAAGAAAAGGCUGCUGAGCUGAAAAAGAAAGAAAAGGACCUUCAGGACACACUGACACAGAAACUGGAGGAACUGAAGAAGCUCUGUAUGAGAGAAGCUGAGAUUACAGGCCACCUGCCUAAAGACUAUCCCCUGGCCACAGGGGAGAAGGCUCCUCCAGUACGACGCCGUAUGGGGACAGCCUUCAAACUGGAUGACCUUUUCCCCUAUGACGAGGACCCACAUCUGAGGAAUCUGGAGAGCAGGUUCGCAUUGCAGCAGAAGAUCGUGGAAGCUGCCAUAAAAUUAUCCAACGAGGGUGACCUCUGCAAGACGGUGAAGAAAAAGAGGAGAAACAACUGUCUGGAUGCAAUGAGGAAGCUGGAGGAUAUUGAGAAGGAGAUCAAUGCAUACAGAAUCAAGAAGGGAAAGAAACCCACCCAGAGAGCCUCACUGAUCUUAGCAGAUGAUGUCAACCCUUCAGACCUCAGCUCUCUGUCUGACAGCCUCACUCUGGAUGAUGAUGACGAGCUCAUUUCCCAGAGGCAGCGGUCCAGGUCGGUUCAGUAUUCUCCGAGACCUCAUCAUGCAGAAACUCUGGACAUCCAUUACAGUAAAGACAGAAGGGCCUCUUCCAAUGACCAGCAAGCAGACAGCAGAUUAAAUUACGGUCAUGUCCAGGAAUCCCUCCACUGCAGUCACCGUGAUGCCUUAUCGAGCCACAGCAGCCCGUUCAAACCGUCUUCCAGACAGCCACGUGAUGCACGCAGCAUGCCCCCCACCCCCCUCCUUACCCGCAACGCCUACAGCAGCACCCAGCUCAGAUCAGAGGACGCUCCACAACAUUUCCGCCAGCGCAGCGGUAGUCUGGAGUCCCAGUCCCAGUUUGUGACAGAGAAUGAACUUUCAGUCCCAGCGUUCACCCUCUCCCCAGCCCGACGCAGCAACAGCACUGAGGUUCUCGAUGAUGGAUCCUCCUACACCAGCCAGUCUAGUGUGGAGUACAGCGUCCCUGGUAACCACACACACAGACGCAGGAUGCGCGGCCGCCACAGAAAAGACAUGUAUGCCAACACAGGCAGCAUGCCCAACCUGGCUCAGCCAGACACCCGCUGCUACGCCUACCAGCCCCGGGCCCGUCCAACCACGACAGCCUACUAUGUCACAGGCUACCCAAGCUACGUAGAGCCAGAGCCUUACUCCAAUGGAGUCUACAUGUAUGACAAUGAGAUGGAGGGACACUAUAAUGUUAAUCCUACCACGUCCUACCACCCAACACCAGCAGCGUAUCACAGCCAUGAUAUGCACAGUCACUACGGUAACGACGAGAUAGACGGCAUGUCUCAGAAUCCAUACGCCACGCUGCGGCCACCCAGGAACCGCCCAGUGCCUCGCAGCAACGAGCACAUCGGCAAGAACAUCCAGAAGGCUCUGGUGGCAGAACACUUGAGAGGCUGGUACCAACGCAACGCAGCACACAAACAGGCCGCGUACAACUACGACUACGACCGAGGCUCCCAGCAGAGCCUGGGCUAUCAGACCAUGCCUGCACCGUACGGCCACAACAAUAGAAACACCUCCUACUCUGCAGUGUCCACAGCGUCCUCCAGCUCAAACUGGCACAGCCACAUGAGCAGUAGUGGUAUGUCGGAAUAUGACAUGCCCAUGCAUGCGCCACAGACCUACUCUUACACGACAGCCCCCUACAGCCACCCCGCCCACAACAGAUAUGGCGCCUCCCAGCUUUUAAAGGGCUCCUGGCACAGCCCUGAUGGCCAGAGGCGCUGUGCCUUUUUCCCUGCUAGCUCUUCCUCCUCAGCUUCCUCCUCCACCUCCUCCCUGCCUUCCUCCUCCUUUCCCUCCUCCUCCUACUCCCCCGGCUGUCGGGUCAGGCAGGUGGCCUCCAGCCCUGCGCAGCCACAAUCCUCCAGAGGGCACAGGCUCAGUAAGGUGUCCUUUGUGAAAGAUGUCCCCCAGAGUUUGAGUGGCGGUGCUGUGAUAGGAUGGCAUGCCCUGCAGGGCCUUUAGAGAGGUGUGGUGCUGUUGCCUUUGCCACUGACCAGGAAAAUUAACCCCCUCCCCACAGUAAUUAAAGUCCCAGCACAGAAGAAAGGAUCCUACGUAGAUAUCAGCCAAAUGGACCCACACAUCGGUAACCAAAUGAACACUAACCGGGAGCCAGAUGACGAGAUUUACUGGCAAGACUCAAAACCGGGAACAAUAGUGUAGUUGCCUGUCUGUCAACGUGUUGUACUCAUUUUUCACCUUGACAAGUUGUCACUGUGCCUUAGACUGCACUUACCUGUUUUUUGUGUACAAGGGGAUCCAAAGAAUGAAGGAACUGAACCUCUGGAAUUAAGGGUGUAAAGAAAAGGAUGUCCUCUCAUUUUCCCUUAGUUUGAAUGCCAAACCGUUUUUCAAAUCAUAACAAAACCCCGCGGGAGCGUCAACAUGUCUGGAUUGUAAGUGUUUGUGGUGAUGGCACUUGUGCACUGAAUCUAUACCAGGACCUGCUGUGGACUGUGUGGUAUAGCCAAAGGGAACGUGGACUAAACUUCUCCGGUGUUUCUCUGUUGAGAGACUGAGGACUAUGACCGUCUCUAUAAGAGGACACUGAGCCGUAAUGAACACACACACAUACACACAAGUACGAGCACUGUAAGCAUGAAGGAUCAGACAAGGACUUUAUCAAAAUGAAGGAUUGAACUCAUUGAAAAUGAGUCAAAAAGAUGGCUACUUCCUGGAACAUUGUGCAGUCACCAGAUCCAGUUUUAUCACAGUGUUGCUUGUAGCUGCCAUAGAGCUUCCUUUACUCAUGUUUGUCAUCUACAAAGUAUUCCCUCUAUCUCAUUGUCAGUACUUACAAUACGAUUGAGCCAAAUGCUUCUGUCACACCAUUUGAGUAUUACCUAAAAGUAACCAACUUUGAUAUCACUGCCACAUCUGAUCAGUCGGUGCAGGAAGACAAAACAUCCAGUUUUGUUAUUUUAUUUUAACAUGGUUAUUUCAUCCAUGCUGGAAAUCAUGGACUGGUGCUCCCAAUUAAUUUCUCUCAAGAGAAUGAAGCUGUAUGUAAAUGUUGGUAUUGUAAAUACACUGGUUCUGUCUCUUUUUUUUAGAGCAUUUUUAUGUAUUUGAAAAGCAUGUAAUAUAUAGUAAACAACUGUUGUUAAGCUGGUUCUUAGUAAUUUGUAUAAUUGCAUUUGUUUGAAUUAAAAAAGCAUUUGAAUCAGC